AUGGUGUUCAAACUCACAGCUAAAACACCCCUCGUUUGGCCAUCCCCUAAACUUUCCGCAAUCCCACACCGUAAAAGGAAAUGUGUUUUCAAGAUUCUUUGCUGCGAGAAGAAUGUUUCUUCUUCUGAUUCUACGAAUGAGAACAAAUUUGGGUUCAAGCUGGUGAGCCAGGCACUGGGUGAUAAGAAUUGGAAAUUCAACGAUAUUGAUGCCCCAGUUGAAUUUCUUGCAAUCGGGCUUAUUUUAAUGGUUGUGAUGAAUGGGCUGACUGGGCAGAAAAUGCAGAAAAUAUUUAAGGCUCUUGUCCCUGAAUCUGUAUAUAAUGAUCCGCGUAAUUUGGUGGAAUAUUGUUGCUUCAGGUUUUUGUCAAGGAACAGUACUGAUGUUCAUCCGAGCCUCAAGGAACCUGCAUUUCAGAGACUAGCUUUCAUCACCAUGCUUGCAUGGCAGAAUCCGCACAGAAAAGGAAAAGAUAGUAGGGUUAAGUCGCUUGAUAAAAAUACAUUCCAUAGGAAGCUUGUGGGUGAAGAGGCAUUCAUUCGCAUUGUGCCAGCUGUGGCUGGGGUGGCCGAUAUUCCCACUGUACAUAAUCUUUUUAAAGCUCUUGCUGGUGAUGAGAAUGGCAUCUCGUUUUCUGUAUGGUCGACAUAUAUUAACGAACUUAUCAAAGUGCAUGAAGGUCGGAGUUCUUACCAAUCUCAGGAGUUCUUGUCGAAUCAUUCCGAGGAGAAAAUUCUAUGUCUUGGUUCUAGCCGAAAGCAGCCUGUAAUAAAAUGGGAAAAGAACAUGGCAUGGCCAGGGAAGCUUACUUUGACUGACAAGGCACUUUACUUUGAGGUAUUAUGGUGA